AUGGAUGGUGACUGUGAUGCUAUGGACGACGUGGCUGGUGAAGGGUGUUGGUCUGACUAUGCAGAUGACAUGGAUGACAUUGAUCUUAUGCCUCCGAUGUCCCCCAUCCGCGAAGAACAAUCUGUUAAAGUUGUUGAAUACCGUUCUCCCAUUCAUACAGUGCAGACUAUAGAGACAGUAGUUUCAACUAAUAGGAGGAGUCCUGGUCCUGUUGUUGAAUCCCCUAAAGUUGGCAUGGUUUUUAGAAGAUGGGAGGAUAUAGAGAUUUAUUACAAAAAGUAUGGGGAGCUGGAGGGGUUUGGGGUUACGAGGGUGCAAGGAACGAAAUCUAAAGUUACCAAUGAGCGUAAAUGCAUGACAUGGAAGUGUGAGUGUUGGGGUGCCCCUAACAUGAGGGCUCAAAGGGAGGCGAAGAAGAGGGCAAAGGCGAUGGAUGUUGGUGGGUGUGGAGGCAAGAGAAAGUCCAAAAAAUGUUACUGCCCUGUUAAGAUAUAUGCCGGGGUUAAUGAACAUGAGGAGUGGGAGUUAAGGAAGGUUUGUAAUGAGCACAAUCAUGACCAAAAGCCCAGUGAUGCAGUCUUAGUUAAAGAAUAUAGGAUGCAGAACUACACCUCAAAUGUGAGAAAGACUCUGAUUAAUUUUUAUGAAGAGGGUGUAUCUGUUUCCAAAAUUCGUAAUGGUAUGUCACAUACGAAGGAGGUCUUGCCUUCUUUGAAAGAUAUGGAACAUGAGGUUUAUAAAGCUAGGAGACUGAAAAUGGAGGGUGGUGAUGCAACAACCAUGAUGGCUUAUUUUGACCGGAUGCAAGCGGACAAUCAGAAUUUUUUCCAUUGUCACCGAUUAGACACACAUGGUCGGUUGAAGGAUGUGUUAUGGGUGGAUGCCAGGAGUCGGGCUGCAUAUGAGUAUUUUGGGGAUGUAGUAUGCUUUGAUGCUACCUAUUUAACUAAUCGAUAUGAACUUCCAUUUUCAAAUUUCGUGGGUGUGAAUCAUCAUGGGCAGUCCAUCCUAUUGGGUUGUGCACUAGUUUCACGAGAAGAUGCUGAAACAUACACAUGGGUUUUUCGACAGUGGCUUGCUUCCAUGGGCAACAGACCUCCUUUAGCUAUUCUGACUAAUCAAGCAACAUCCAUGAGGAAGGCCUUGGUACAAACAAUGCCCAGCUCCAGGCAUCGCUGGUGUAUAUGGCAUAUUGUCAGGAAGUUUGGUGACAAACUAGGAAAGUGCGACAAGUACAAAGAGUUUAAGAGCCCCUUGAAGGCCAUAAUAUAUGAGAGUUUUACUGCGGAAGAGUUUGAAAGAAGGUGGCACGAGUGCAUUAAAAAAUACAAGUUGGAGAAGAAUGAGUGGUUGGAUGGCUUGUUUAAGGAGAGACAUAUGUGGAUUCCAGCUUAUAUGCGGGAGUUGUGUGAAUUCCCUGUACGCUACACAAGGGCAAUGAAGAAGAGGUUUUCAGACGAGAACGAAGCCGACUCAAAGGCUACCAAAUACAUCAGACGCCUUGUGAGUGGGUUCAAACAUGAGAAAUUAUUUCAGAAGUUAUACACCGAUGCUAAGUUUCAGGAAAUUCAAAGAGAACUUACCCGAAUGAUGUACUGUUAUGAUGGUGAGGUAACUGUCAUUGAUGAAAGUACGACUCGGUAUGUGAUUGAUGAUAGGGUUUGGAUUGUACCGGAAGAACAAGGUGGUAAGAUUCCCGACAAAUACAUCGUCGAUAGGUGGCGUAAAGAUAUUGUUCGGAAGCACACUAGAGUGAGGGUUGCGUACCAUGAUCCCACGCAGACCCCAAAAGUUAAGAAGUUCAACAACAUGAUGAAUGUGUUUGAGCCGAUAUGUGAUGAUGCUGCAGUUGCUGAUGAUGAAACAGUGGACAUAGUGGUGAAAGCAUUAUCUAAACUCCAUAUCGAAGUCAAGGAGAGGAGAAAGAAAUACAUGGAGUUAAUGGCUACAAAAAACCCACCGUCUAGUGAACCUCCACCCCAGUCAGAGAUAGACUCCAACAAUCCGCCAAUUAAGAAGCGACCUCGGGGCAGGCCUAAAGGUUCUCGGAAUAAAUCAUAUUCUGAGACAGGUUAUAAACCACCUAAGACCAGGAAAACUAAGGGGGCGAAUCAGAAUGAUGAGUUGGGAGAGUUGCAGGCCUUAAGUGCUCGUGACUUGUGUUGUUAUGCGAACUCUAAUGUGGGUCUAUUUAAUUAUACUAACCAGGACUUGGAUCCAGUGAGGUUGAUGUUUGCAACACCCAAUAUGGUAGUGCUGAUGAUGCUGAUGUAUGAAACUCCCAACAUGAUUUCGGUGAUGAAUUAUAUAAACAAGGGAAUGCCUGUUAUGACCACAACUUACUUAUUGGAUGUGUAUGAGGAUGACUGUGCUGGUAGCAUCUAG